AUGUCCAUGUCCUCAAGACAAGAGGCGCCCGGCCAGAACUCCCGCUUGGCAGCUUUGUACAUUGCCGGCUGGUACCUCUUUUCCGUGUCCAUUUCCGUGUACAACAAGUGGAUGUUCGGCAGCGGCUUGAACUUCCGGUUCCCGCUUUUCGUGACCGCGUUCCACCAAACAUGCCUCUUCAUAUUGAGCGUGGGCGUGCUCUACUUCCGGCCGGGUCUCCGGCCCGGCGCCAACAAAGCAUCGCAGACCUUCCGGCAGUCCUUGGCGAUGCCGCUCAAAAUGUAUGCGGCGCAGAUCUUGCCCUGUGCCUUGGCGUCGGCCGGCGACAUUGGGCUCAGCAACGUCGCGCUCAAAUACAUCUCGUUGUCCUUGUACACGAUGCUCAAGACCUCCAGCUUGGUGUUUGUGCUUUUGUUCGGGCUCUUGUUGCGGCUCGAGCGCUUCAACUGGCGCCUCGUGGUCAUCGUGGUGGUCAUGUGCGCGUCCGUGAUGAUGAUGACCGAGCAGUCGGGAAAGCCCGCCGAAACCACCGACAACGGGUCGCAGCCCCUCGGCGUGGUGCUCAUCUUGGCCGCGUCCGCGGUGUCCGGGUUGCGCUGGUCGUUCACGCAGCUCCUCUUGAAGAACAACGAGUACACGAAGCACCCGAUGCAGACGAUUCUCUACAUCUCGCCGAGCAUGACGGCGGCCCUCUUUGUGUUUGGCUUGAUCUUCGAGGGCUGGCAGGCGUUCACGGCGCUGCCCAUGUGGGUGGAGAAGGGCGUGUGCGAGACGACGCUCCUCAUGGUGGCCCCGGGCAUCUUGGCGUUCUGCAUGACGCUCUGCGAGUUCCAGCUUCUCUCCGUGGCGCAGAUUUUGACCUUGUCCGUAGCCGGCAUUUUCAAGGAGUUGCUCACCAUCAUGCUAGGCUCGCUCAUCUUCGGCGACACCUUGAGUCCGCUCAACUGCGCGGGCUUGGUCAUCACCUUCCUUGACAUUCUAUGGUACAACUACUUCAGGUACACGGAGCCCGACGCGCCCGCCAAAAACGGGUACGCGGCUUUGCAGCAGGACUCGGAGAGCCAGGCGCGGGCCCUGGAGAGCAUUGAGUUGAAGCAGCACUGA